CGUUCGUCCGCCUUUCCCUCGCAGAUCUGCAUCCUGGAGUGCGAAGGCCAAGCGGUGCCCAGGGCCACCUGGGAGCUGUGCGCGGCCACCGCCGGCCGAGCCGCCCCGCGGCCGCGCCGCCUGGACGCCGAGAGGGCCGCGCCGGGCGCCUUCCCGCAGCCUCGCCGGGAGGAGGAGGAGGAGGAAGAGCGGGAGGACAUUUCCCGGCGGCUGGGAGCGGGCCGGGCGGCCAAGGGGGUGCAGAAGCGGUACGGGGGCUUCAUCGGGGUGCGCAAGUCGGCGCGGAAGUGGAACAACCAGAAGAGGUUUAGCGAGUUCCUGAAGCAGUACCUGGGCAUGGCGCCGCGCUCCAGUGAGUACGGCCCGGGCGGCGCCGGCCGGAACAACGAGAUCUGAGCGGGAUCUGAGCCACCCUCCACCCCGCCCGCCACAUCCCAUGGGUGCCAUCCCACACGGGGGCCAUCACCGAGAGGAACCGCGCGGGAACGGCGCGGGAACGGCAGCGCCGAGGCCGGGGAGGGACGCGGGGGCCACGCGGGAAGGGACGGUGAGGGAGCCUUGGGGGUCACCCCUGGGGACAUCCUUGGGGUCAUCCUUGAGGUCAUCCUUGAGGUCAUCCUUGGGGUCACCUCAGGGUCACCUUGGGGCCACCUCAGGGUCCACCUUGCAAGGUCACGUUGUGGUCACCCUUGGGGUCACCUCAGGGUCACCUUCAGUGUCCCCCUCAUGGUCACCCUUGGGGUCCCCUUCAGGGUCACCCUUCAAGGUCACCUUGGGGGUCACCUCGAGGUCACCUUGGGGUCAUCACUCAUGGUCAUCCUCAGGGUCACCCUUGGUGUCACCCUCGGGGUCACCUCCUGCGUCAUCCUUGGGGUCACCUUGGGGCCACCUCAAGGUUGCCCUCAGGGUCACCUUGGGGUCACCUCAGGGUCCACUUUGGAGUCACCUUUGAGGUCACCUUUGGAGUCACCCUGGGGUCACCCUGGGGUCACCCUUGAGGUCACCUCAAGGUCACCUCGGGAUCACCCUCAAGGUCAUUUUAGGGUCACCCUGGGGUCACUUCAGGGUCACUUUUGGGGUCACCUCGGGGUCACCUCAGGAUCACCCUCAAGGUCAUUUUAGGGUCACCUCGGGGUCACUUUUGAGGUCACCUUGGGGUCACCUUGGGGUCACCUCGGGGUCACCCCCCGGCCAGCGAGGAGGGACCGAGGGGUCGCUGCUCCACGUCCAGCACGGGUCGGUUCCCCCCAAAUUAAAACAAAAAAAAACAGGGAAAAACCCAAUCAAAAUUCCAAAGAAAUCCGGGAAA